CUUCUCACACCUCAACCCACAGCUGGGACCACAGCUACAUUACAACAGGUACAGCUACAAUAGACUGUGGCUAUUAGGCUGCCAGUUAGGUUUAUUUAGGUCGUCUAGGACAGGUUAGUUUUUUUUUAAAUUUUCCAUUGAGAGAUUUGAUCGAAGUUUUUAUAGUAAAAUUAAAUUCUCCCGGGUCGACACAAACCUUAUCAUAUGGACGCAUUUUGGAGAAUGCACUACUUUUGUAAACAGCACCUAAUCUGUUAUUAUUUAAUUCGUAUUCAUUUAUUUCUCAGUGUUUUUUUUUUUUUAUUAUUAUUACUGCAGGAUGUUGCGCAUGCAUUUUCACAGGCAAACACUUGUCUUUCAUCAACCAAUUGCUGUGGUUCAUGUUUUUAUUUCAUGUCUUGGUUGUGAUAAAUUCUUACUGAAAACUGAAAUUAUGAUUGCCAAUUUUACAAGGAUGAGAAGCUUCUUCAUCCUUGGUUUCCCUGGACUUUCACCACAGCAUUAUGGAUCUGUGUCGGCUCUGCUUUUUGUCAUCUACCUAACUAUUGCAAUAGGGAACAUUUUCAUUUUAGCAUUUGUUGUCUAUGAGAAGUCACUGCAAAAACCAACAUAUCUGGUUUUUUGUCACCUAGCACUGAACGACUUAACAUUUGGCACUGUGACUCUCCCAAAGAUCAUAUCAAAAUACUGGUUUGGUGAUGCUAUUACCUCAUUUUAUGGCUGCUUUACACAGAUGUUCUUUGUCCACUAUUUAGGAUCAGUAACUUCUUUUAUCUUGUUGGUAAUGGCUCUUGAUCGAUUUAUUGCCAUCUGUAUUCCACUGCGUUAUCCUGUCCUAAUCACGAACAACAAGAUAUCUGUGCUCUGUGGGUUUGCUUGGUUCAUACCUCUGCCCUUAAUGGUAGCUGUUGUACUACAUGUCCUUACUUUACCAUUCUGUAAAUCAAAUGUUAUUGCUCAGUGUUACUGUGACCACAUUUCUAUAACAAGUCAGGCAUGUGGUGAGGAUGUUAAAAUAGUCGCUGUCACUUCUCUGUGUGUAGCUAUGUUUUGUCUUUUGCUUCCUCUAGCAUUCAUCCUAUUUUCCUACAUUUCCAUCAUAGUGGUUAUUUUGAAAAUGUCUAAUGCUGCCGGCCGAAAAAAGACCUUAUCAACUUGUACCCCACAAAUAUUCAUCACUUGUCUUUUUUACCUGCCCAGAUGUUUUGUUUAUGUUGCUAACACUGUUGGAUUUUCUUUCAGUUUAGAUGUUCGUAUUUUAUUGAUAUUGUUGUACAGUCUUUUUCCUGCUGCUGUUAAUCCAAUCAUAUAUUGUUUUAAGACUCAAGAAAUCAAGCAGAUGUUAAUGAAGAGGCUAAGGAAAACUAAAAUUGGAAUAGAGAUAAAAUUGUCAUAUUAAUGUAAAGCUGACAGG